CCCCCACUUGUUCUUCAUAUUCUAUUUUUUUUAUUGCUCCGUUCUUCACCAACUUCGUGUUUUUCAAAUACAAAAUGUCUCGCAAAGCCCCGAAGCCCCUUCCCAAAUUCGAAGUUGGUGACGACUACCGCAUUCUUCACAGCCUUGGCGAAGGCGCAUAUGGCACUGUCGUGGCUGCGGUGCACAAACCCUCAGGAAGGGAGGUCGCGAUCAAGAAAGUACUGCCAUUCGAGCACACACUUUUUUGUCUUCGUACCCUCCGGGAGCUUAAGCUUCUCAAAUUCUUCUCCGAGACAUGUGUGAAUGAAAACAUCAUUUGCAUAUUGGAUAUCAUCAAGCCCCCAUCCCUGGAUGAGUUCAAAGAAAUUUAUUUCAUCCAGGAGCUCAUGCAGACGGAUCUGCAUCGUGUCAUCCGCACACAGCAGUUGACAGAUGAUCACUGCCAGUACUUCGUGUACCAGACGCUGCGCGGGCUCAAGACGAUGCACAGCGCGGACAUCGUACACCGGGACCUGAAGCCCGCGAACCUGCUUCUGAACGCGAACUGCGACCUCAAGGUGUGCGAUUUCGGGCUCGCGCGCAGCACACGGAGCACGAACCCGGGCGGGAAGGAGGCGGGGCUCAUGACCGAGUACGUCGCGACGCGGUGGUACCGCGCGCCGGAGAUCAUGCUCUCGUUCAAGAUGUACACGAAGGCGAUCGACAUCUGGGCCGUCGGCUGCAUCCUCGCGGAGCUGCUCACCGGCCGGCCGCUCUUCCCCGGCCGCGACUACGGGCACCAGCUCGACCUCAUCCUCGACGUCAUCGGCACGCCGACGCUCGAGGAGUUCUACGGCAUCACGAGCAGGCGCUCGAGGGACUACAUCCGCGCGCUGCCCAUCCGCAAGCGCAGGCCGUUCAGCUCGCUCUUCCCGGAUGCGUCGCCGGAGGCGCUUGACUUCCUGCAGAAGACUUUGACUUUCGAUCCCAAGAAACGUCUCUCGGUCGACCAAGCCCUCGAGCACCCGUAUCUGCAGGCGUAUCAUGACUCGGAAGACGAGCCUGCAGCAACGCCGCUCGACCCGGAGUACUUUGAGUUUGACUACCUUGAUUUGAACAAGACGCAACUGAAAGAGCUCCUGUAUGACGAGGUCCAGUCGUUCACGCCAUGCAUAUAACCCAUUCGUCGCAACCACCGCCAUUGAUCUUUAUGCUGCGAUAUUUAUUAUAGAUUAUUCGACUCUGUACCACACGCCCUGGACUGUUCGCUUUCGUCGCAUUCACUUAAAAACACUAGGUCAACCAUUCAAGACACUCUCUUCAUGGUAGAACUCUUUUGUCAUCGCGUGUAUUAUUGAUUUAUACCUGUACCCCCAACACUACCACUUAUGUUAU